AUCAUGGAAGACACCCAGGUUAUUAACUGGGAAGUUGAAGAAGAGGAGGAGGUUGAAGAGAGACCCAGUGAAUCUUUGAGGUGUAGCUUGCAGCCCCUUGGGCAACUGCAUAUCUUCAGUAGUUCCUAUGGACCAGAAAAAGAUUUCCCACUAUACCUCGGGAAGAAUGUGGUAGGCCGAAUGCCUGAUUGCUCUGUGGCCCUGCCCUAUUCAUCUAUCUCCAAACAACAUGCCGUGAUUGAAAUCUUGGCCUGGGACAAGGCGCCUGUCCUCUGGGAUUGUGGGAGCCUCAAUGGUACUCAAAUCCUGAGGCCUCCUAAGGUCCUGGGCCCUGGGGUGAGUCAUCGUUUGAGGGACCGGGAGUUGAUUCUCUUUGCUGACUUGCCCUGCCAGUACCAUCGCUUGGAUGUCCCCCUGCCCUUUGUCUCCCGGGGCCCUCUAACUGUAGAGGAGACACCCAGGGUACAGAGAGGAACUCAACCCCACAGGCUUCUGUUGGCUGAGGACUCAGAGGAAGAAGUAGAUUCUCUUUCUGAAAAGUGUGUGGUGAAAGGACCAAGGACCUCCUUUUUGGCAACAGUAGUUCCAGAGAGUGAUGAAGAGGGACCUUCCUCUGCCGUUGAUGGCCCUGGGCCACCUUUUGCCUUCAACUUGAACAGUGACACAGUUGAGGAAGAAAGUCAGCAACCAGGAGCAGGGGAGGGCUCCUCAGCCGCCAGAAGAGUCACCGCUGCAGAGACAGAACAGCCUAAACCUGUCACAACUGAAAUCCAGCUUGAAAAGGAUCAGUGUUCAGUGAAGGAAAAGAACAAUGACACGAAAGUUGAGAGGAAUGCGAGGAGUGGGGUGGUUCCAGUUGGAGUGAUUCUGGAGAGGAGCCAGCCUGCUGGGGAGGACAGUGACACAGACGUGGAUGAUGAGAGCGGGCCUCUGAGAAGGCUCACUGGGGUCCAUCUGGAAAGGGCCCAGCCUUGUGGCUUCAUAGACAGUGAUACUGAUGUGGAAGAAGAGGGGAUCCCUGCAACCCCAGCUGUAGUUCCUGUGAGGAAGAGGCACAUCUUCCAUGAAGUUGGUACAGAGAGUCCUCGGGCACCUGGCGUGGCACAUCGGCAGGAGAGCCCGGCUGGUAGUGAUACAGAUAUAGAGGAGGGGGAGGCCCCCCUGACCGUCCCUCUGGACAGAAGUCGAGCCUCCAUCAUGAUCGAUAGCAAUACAGAUGAUAAGGAAGAAGUCUCAGCAGCGCUCACGCUGGCACAUCUAAGCGAGAGCCAGGUCAUUGUGCGGAACAGAGAUCCAGAUGCAGAAGAGGAUAGGGCCCAACCGGUGGCCCUUCUGGAGCGAAGCCAAGCCUCUGCUGGGAGAGACAGUGACACAGACAUGAAGGAAAAGGGGCUCCCAGUGGAGAAGACAGGAACUGUUCCCAGGGGUCACACUGGCAAGGCAUAUUCAGAAAAGAGUCAACCUCCUUUCAGGGACAGUGAUAAAGAGGUGACAGAAGAGAAGAGCUCACCGGGAUUCCACCUGGAGAGAAGCCAAGCCUCUGCCACAGUGCAUGUCAACACACAAGUGGUGGAGGAAGUCCCACCAGGGCCAGCUGUUAUACUUCUGGAGAAGCAUCAAGUACCUGUAGCAUGGACACAUCAAACAGAUGUGGAAGCUGAAGGAGGCCCAGCAAAGCUGCCUGUGGUGUAUCUAGAAGAAGCUCGGCCUCCUCUAGCUGGGGACUGUGACCCAGAUGCAGAGCAGAACACAUCCUUAGCAGCCUCAGCAGUGGCAGAUGUAAGAAAGAGCCAGCUUCAGGCAGAAGAUACUGGGACAGAGUGGGCUGCAGCCGUUCUUGAACGGGGCAGAGCUUUUAUGGCCGGGGCCCAGGGUGGGUCACCCGUGGCCCAAGUGGAGCAGGACCUUCUCCCUGUCUCAGUGAAUAACAUAGCAGAUCUGGUGGUGGACACAGGCACUCCAGGGGAACCCACCCAGCUACAGAGAGGGGGGGCCCAGACCCCCACAGAAAGGGAGAGAGAACCACAUGUGGAUAGGACCAUGGACUCUGGAGACAACCACGAUGAUUCUGAAGAUCUGGACCUACAAGCUACUCAGUGCUUUGUGGAGAGAGAGAAUCAGAGCCUGGAAGUCCCCAGCAUGGAGGAUGAACCCACUCAGGCCUUCCUGUUUCCUCUGCCCCAAGAGCCUGGCCCUUCCCAUUGCAGCUUCCAGGCCACAGGUUCCCUGGAUGAGCCAUGGGAGGUCUUGGCUACACAGCCAUUCUGUCCGAGAGAGUCUGAAGCCUCUGAGACCCAGCCCAUUGCCACCCACAUUGAAGCCCAUGGAUCUUGCCCCUCUCCACCUACGGCAGCACCACAAGAGCAACAUCCCGAGAGUCCAGUUCAUGCAGAGCCACUGGGGAUUCAAGGCAGAGGGAUGCAGACUGUGGAGGAAGACAUGGGUACACCAAGAGGAACAGCAGGGAGGGUGACCCCUGAGAGAGGGCCAUUGGAGAGGGAAACUGAGAAACUGCCCUCAGAAGGAGAAAGGGAAGAUGUGAUGGGAGAGGAAGAAUCAACCAGGGGGAUACAGGACAGAGAACAAAAACAUGUGUUAGCUAGAGAUACUGAGAAACAAGAGUCUGACAAAAAAGUAAAAAGUGCAAGUACUGAAAGGGAUAUGGAGAGUUUGAAGGUAGAAAUUGAGACACCCGAGGAAAUGCAAGAGAAAGAGAGAGAAAAGCAGACUCUUACAACAGAAAUAUUUGACAGAGAAGCAGAGAAACCAGUAGCAGAGAGACAGUGUGAGGCAGGUGGGUUAGAAGGGAAGGUACCCAAAGUGAUGAUGGACAGAGGCCCACAGACAGGGGAGACAGAGGCGGGGGGCCAGGACCAGAAAGGCCAGGCCUCCGGUUCAACACCAGAGCCUGGGGCGGGGGUGGGAGACCUUCAGGGACUUGCUUCAGACCCCAUAGCUUCUGGGAGCCAGUCAGGUGGAGGAAGGGGCACCCCAGUGAGCCCCAGGAGGCAGCAGAGAGGCUACUUGAAUUGCAAGAUGCCACCUGCUGAGAAGGCUUCCAGGGUGAGAGCUGCUUUCUGUACCCACCUCCCCAGUCCACAGGGUGAUCAGGAAUCCCCAGAUGCUUGUCGGCCUCCUGCAGUGCAGGAGGCUUCAGCGCCUCUCCAAAACCUCCUCAUCUCUCAGAGCCAAAAACAUCCUGCCCCUCAGCCCCUCCUUUCACCCUCUCCACCUCCUUUAGAACCGCCCAUUCCCAGGACCAGACAAAAUGAGAGUCAGGAAGCUCUGGAGACUCCCUUUUCCUCAGAGCUGGACUCUCUCCACCCAAAACCCAACGUCAAGCCCCAAGGGUCCUCUCCAGUUUCUUCUGUACCCCUUGAGCCCCACCCUACUGCCUCCACAGACCAGCCUGUCACCCCCAAACCCACAUCUCGGGCCACUCGGGGCAGGACACAGAGGGCUUCUGUCAAGACUCCCGAACCAGUUAUCUCGACAGCCCCUGCGCCCCAGCCUUCCACUUCCACAGACCAGCCUGUCACCCCCAAACCCACAUCUCGGGGCAGGACACAGAGGGCUUCUGUCAAGACUCCCGAACCAGUUAUCUCCACAGCCCCUGCGCCCCAGCCUUCCACUUCCACAGACCAGCCUGUCACCCCCAAACCCACAUCUCGGGCCACUCGGGGCAGGACACAGAGGGCUUCUGUCAAGACUCCCGAACCAGUUAUCUCGACAGCCCCUGCGCCCCAGCCUUCCACUUCCACAGACCAGCCUGUCACCCCCAAACCCACAUCUCGGGCCACUCGGGGCAGGACACAGAGGGCUUCUGUCAAGACUCCCGAACCAGUUAUCUCGACAGCCCCUGCACCCCAGCCUUCCACUUCCACAGACCAGCCUGUCACCCCCAAACCCACAUCUCGGGCCACUCGGGGCAGGACACAGAGGGCUACUGUCAAGACUCCCGAACCAGUUAUCUCGACAGCCCCUGCGCCCCAGCCUUCCACUUCCACAGACCAGCCUGUCACCCCCAAACCCACAUCUCGGGCCACUCGGGGCAGGACACAGAGGGCUUCUGUCAAGACUCCCGAACCAGUUAUCUCCACAGCCCCUGCGCCCCAGCCUUCCACUUCCACAGACCAGCCUGUCACCCCCAAACCCACAUCUCGGGCCACUCAGGGCAGGACACUUAGGUCUUCUGCUAAGAGCCCUGAACCAGUUGUCCCCAUAACUCCUGAGCCCCAGCCUUCCACCUCUAAAGACCAGUCUCUCACCCCUGAGCCCACACCUCAGGCCACUCGGGGCAGGACACAUAGGUCCUCUGUCAAGACAUCCCAGCCAACUGAACCCACAGCUCCUGACCUUGAACCUUCGUCCCCCACAGACCAGCCUGUCACCCCCAAAGUCAUAGCUCAGGGUGGUCAGAGCAGGACACUAAGGUCUUCUACAGUAAGUGCCAUGCUGGUUCCUACCACCCCUGAAUUCCACUCUCCAGUCCCCACAGGACAGCCUAUUCCCCCUGAAGCCAAUUGCAGCAGGAGGCCAAGGGCCACAAGGAAUCAUGGGUCUCUCACAGCUCACGUUCAGGAACCCUACUCUGCACCUUCUGAACCUAACUCCUGGUCCUCAAAGAACCAGAGACGAGGGGCAGUGAGAGCAGCCAAGUCCCUUAGCACCAUUCCUGAGCCGGCCUUUGCCCAGCUUCCCGAGGCAUCCACUCAUGCAACCCAGAUCCCAAAGGAGGAGGCAGCAGAUAGAUCUGGCUUCACCCCAGAGCCCCAGCCUGAGGCCUCUCAAAAUCGCAAGAGGUCUUUAGGUACUGCGGACUCACCUCCACUUCAAAAACGGCUCCAAAGAGGAGAAGUUCCCCAGAAGACAGCAUUCCUUAAGGAAGAAGAAGAAAAUCCUGCAGCGAAGCUGAGGAAGAAAGAGGAUGUAGUGAUUCCAGGACCAGGCAAGAGAAAGAGAGAGCAGACAGACGGGGAGCCCCGGGAAAUACCAAGCCGCAGCCUGCGACGGACCAAACCUAUCCAAGAGUCUACGGCCCCCAAAGUGCUAUUCACAGGCGUGGUGGAUGCUCAUGGAGAGCAGGCAGUGCUGGCCCUGGGGGGCAGUCUGGCCAGCUCAGUGGCUGAGGCUUCCCACCUGGUGACGGAUAGGAUCCGCCGGACAGUCAAGUUCCUGUGUGCCCUGGGGCGGGGCAUCCCCAUCCUCUCCCUGGACUGGCUGCACCAGUCCCGCAAGGCAGGUUGCUUCUUGCCCCCGGCUGAAUAUGUGGUGACUGAUCCUGAGCAGGAGAAGAACUUUGGCUUCAGCCUUCAGGAGGCCCUGAGCCGGGCUCGGGAGCGAAGGCUGCUGGAGGGCUAUGAGAUUCACGUGACCCCAGGAGUCCAGCCACCACCACCUCAGAUGGGAGAGAUCAUCAGCUGCUGUGGAGGCACCGUCCUACCCAGCAUGCCCCGGUCCUAUAAGCCUCAGAGAGUUGUGAUCACAUGUUCCCAGGACUUCCCUCGAUGUGCCAUUCCAUUUCGGGUUGGGCUGCCCAUCCUCUCACCUGAGUUCCUGCUCACAGGAGUACUGAAGCAGGAAGCCAAGCCAGAGGCCUUUGUCCUCUCCACUUUGGAAAUGUCAUCCACCUGAAAACCCCACCCCAGUAUGUUUUUCCUCCCAGACCAAUAUAUAAAGUGUUAGAAAUAUCUGGAGGAAAGAACUUAGGACUUUAGACAGGAUUGGGGUGUACUGAUCUGAUUUGUCUUGGAACAUGGGUGGGGCCAAAAAGGCUUGUUGGUAAACAAAGACAGGGAGAUUGGGAGCCACAGAUUUUCUUAAAUGGCCAUUUAAAGUUGGCCAAUCCCAUGCUCAGAUAUCUUAAGUUGCUGCUUAUAUUUAGCUGGACUGAUGUGCUUAUUGCUCUACGGCACACACAGUGUCCUGCUUCCUGUUUGGAAACCAUUUGUUUCUCUUCUUUUCUUACUGGGAUUCUUACUCAUCCUGAAAAAGAUAGUGGAAACAAUUUUAGUGUCCAGAAGUUGAAAGAAUGCUUGGAGUGAGUAAAUUUGAGGGUGGAGUUAAUGGAAUGCUACUAAAAUAUUUUCCUCUCUCCUUGCCCAGUCUCGUUAGAAGCAUCCUUUAGCUUUGACGUUGAGCAAAUCUCUGCCCUUUUUUUUUUCUGGCUUGCUUUUCCAGUAUUUAUAAAAUUACCUUAGGCUUAACCUCUGUGAUAAAUAAAUAUUCACUAUGUGCCUUAUGGUGUA